AUGGUGGACGCUGUGGAUACCCUCACCCAAGGAGGAGUGAUGACCACUACUCUCCAGCGCCUGGAUGCACUCUUUGAUGCGUUUUGGAAGAAGCUAAGGGGCAAAGCAUCAAUACCUGAAACCGUGAUGACUCCCACACGACCAGCCUGUCACACACCAAGCAGCCCAGCAGCACUUGCCAGAGGGCCGCUACGCCUGAGACGGUGCAAAACAAGCAGUGAGCCGUGGCUCUACACAGUCAUACAGCUACUGUGA